GGAGAAGUCGGGAAGGUGGCGGUGGCGGCGGCGGCGGCGGUGGUUGUCCCGGCCAGGCCGGUUGGUGUGGCCGGUCAGCCCGCGCGCCGCAGCGCUCGCGCCGCGCCCAGCCCAGCGCAGUCGAGUCGAGUGGAGGCGGCCAGGUCCGGCGCGGGCGGUGCUCGCUGACAGAGGGCGGCGGCGGCCAGGGCGGCCCGUGGGACCGCGGGCCCCCGGCGCAGCGCCGCCCGGCUCCCAGCCCUGCCGGCCUCCUCCCUCGGCACCGCGACCAUGGCGGCCAGCGCGAAGCGGAAGCAGGAGGAAAAGCACCUGAAGAUGCUGCGGGACAUGACCGGCCUCCCGCACAACCGAAAGUGCUUCGACUGCGACCAGCGCGGCCCCACCUACGUGAACAUGACGGUCGGCUCCUUCGUCUGUACCUCCUGCUCCGGCAGCUUGCGAGGGUUAAAUCCACCACACCGGGUGAAAUCUAUCUCCAUGACUACAUUCACACAACAGGAAAUUGAAUUCCUGCAAAAACAUGGAAAUGAAGUCUGUAAACAGAUUUGGCUAGGAUUAUUUGAUGAUAGAUCUUCAGCAAUUCCAGACUUCAGGGAUCCACAAAAAGUGAAAGAGUUCCUACAAGAAAAAUAUGAAAAGAAAAGAUGGUAUGUCCCACCAGAACAAGCCAAAGUGGUGGCAUCAGUUCAUGCCUCUAUUUCAGGGUCCUCUGCCAGUAGCACAAGCAGCACACCUGAGGUCAAACCGCUGAAAUCUCUUUUAGGCGAUUCAGCACCAGCCCUGCACUUAAAUAAGGGCACACCUAGUCAGUCCCCUGUUGUAGGUCGCUCUCAAGGACAGCAACAAGAAAAGAAGCAGUUUGACCUUUUAAGUGAUCUUGGGUCAGACAUAUUUGCUGCUCCAGCUCCUCAGUCAACAGCCACAGCCAACUUUGCUAACUUUGCACAUUUCAACAGUCAUGCAGCUCAGAAUUCUGCAAAUGCAGAUUUUGCAAACUUUGAUGCAUUUGGACAGUCUAGUGGUUCGAGUAAUUUUGGAGGUUUCCCCACAGCAAGUCACUCUCCUUUUCAGCCCCAAACUACAGGUGGAAGUGCGGGAUCAGUAAAUGCUAAUUUUGCUCAUUUUGAUAACUUCCCCAAGUCCUCCAGUGCUGAUUUUGGAACCUUCAACACUUCCCAGAGUCAUCAAACAGCAACAGCUGUUAAUAAAGUUUCAACAAACAAACCUGGUCUUCAGACUGCAGACAAAUAUGCAGCACUUGCUAAUUUAGACAAUAUCUUCAGUGCUGGGCAAGGUGGUGAUCAGGGGAGUGGCUUUGGGACCACAGGUAAAGCUCCUGUUGGUUCUGUGGUGUCAGUUCCCAGUCAGUCAAGUGCAUCUUCGGACAAGUAUGCAGCCCUGGCAGAGCUAGACAGCGUUUUCAGCUCUGCAGCCACCUCCAGUAAUGCGUACACUUCCACAAGUAAUGCCAGCAGCAGUGUUUUUGGAACAGUGCCAGUGGGUGCUCCUACACAGACACAGCCUGCUUCUUCAAGUGUGCCUGCUCCAUUUGGAACUACGCCUUCCACAAACCCAUUUGUUGCGGCUGCCGGUCCUUCUGUGGCAUCUUCUACAAAUCCAUUUCAGACCAAUGCCAGAGGAGCAACAGGCCUUUCUGGAGCAAUGCAUUCUCAAGUGUUUCCUCACGCUCAUUUUGCGGCGACCUUUGGCACUGCAUCCAUGAGCAUGCCUGCAGGCUUUGGGACUCCCACGCCCUACAGCCUGCCCACCAGCUUCAGCGGCAGCUUCCAGCAGCCUGCCUUUCCAGCCCAAGCAGCUUUCCCUCCACAGACAGCUUUUUCCCAGCAGCCCAAUGGUGCAGGUUUUGCAGCAUUUGGACAAACAAAGCCAGUGGUAACGCCUUUUGGUCAAGUUGCAGCUGCUGGAGUAUCUAGUAAUCCUUUUAUGACUGGUGCACCGACAGGACAGUUUCCAACAGGAAGCUCAUCAACCAAUCCUUUCUUAUAGCCUUAUAUAGACAUUUUACUGGAACGAACUUUUAUGUGGUCACAUUACAUCUCUCCGCCUCUUGCACUGUUGUCUUGUUUCACUGAUCUUAGCUUUAAACACAAGAGAAGUCUUUAAAAAGCCUGCAUUGUUGAUUAAACACCAGGUAAUACGUGCAAAACAGAGGGCUCCGGUAACAACUUUUAACCUGUGAAUUGGCAGAAAAAGGUAGAGGUAUCAUGUAUAUUAAAAAUUGGCUAAUAUUAAGUUAUUGCAGAUACCACAUUCAUUAUGCUGCAGUACUGUACAUAUUUUUCUUAGAAAUUAGCUAUUUGUGCAUAUCAGUAUUUGUAACUUUUAACACAUUGUUAUGUGAAAAAUGUUACUGGGGAAAUAGAUCAGCCACUUUUAAGGUGCUGUCGUGUGUCUUGGAAUGAAUGACCUAAAAUCGUUUUAACCAUUGCUACUGGAAAGUUACAAAGUCAGAAUGGGAAGGUUUUAUUCAUUCUUGAAUUUUUCCUUUCUAAAGAGCUCUUCUAUUUAUACAUGCCUAAAUUCUUUAAAAAUGUAGAAGGAUACCUGUCUGCAUAAUAAAGCUGAUCAUGUUUUGCUACAGUUUGCAGGUGAAAAAAAUAAAUAUUAGAAAAUAUGCUAUUGUUUUUGUGUUCUUGCUGCAAUGCCUUUACCAAAGUGGCCUUAUAUAUGAGUAGUGAAUUGAGAACAUCUCGAAUUCUUAAAUUAGAAUUUCAGAAGACUUCUAGUGAUUAACUUUUAUGUCUCAAAGAGAAAAUUUUAUAAAAAGGCCAUGUAGAAGAUGUAUUAAAACUACUAUGAUUGCUGUAUUCAGGAAUAUGUCAGUGGUAAAGCAUUUAAAUGUAGCUUGUCAGAUUCACCAUAAUCCUUCGAAUUUCUUUGCAACUUCUUAGUUUUGUGAAAUUUGUAUAUAUGAAAAAUUUGCAUGUAUGUGUAUUUACAAAUUUUUAAAAGUAUCUUGAAUUCUCAGACUGCAAAAGGCCUAUUUUAAAUAUUGAUUUAAAAAUAUUGUCUUUGAAUGUAUUGGAAGCAGACAUGCAUUAACUGUGACAUGAUUGCACCUCGGAUUUUUUUCUUUGGGCAGACUGAACUAUUAAUAGGACAUUUGUUUAUGUUCAUACCUGGGGGCAGAGAAACUGGAACCCAGUGUUACCUGAAAGUUACAGAGUACCUUGUUUAAAAAGUCAAAUGAUACUAAUGUUUGGUUAUAUCUUUUUGUUAAUAUUCAAAUGAACGUGUUUAAAUAUUUAUGUACAAUAAUGCCUCAUUCAUCCAGAGAUAAUCUGGCAUUCUCAUCAAAACAGAACACAACUGGGAAACUUGGAAUUUUGUUUUAAUGCCUUUGAGCAACCUAUCUAAGUCACAAAGUCUAUACUGAUUAUUUGAUUUCCCAGCCCAUAGCAUAUUAGCAGUUCAGAAGUGGCGCCUUGAAAGGAAGAACGUAGAAAAUAACUAUGGAAAAACCAUGAAGAGCAUACACUAUUGAAGACCGUUUAGUGUAGGGGGCAGCCAGCUUAGCCUAGACCACUAUAUUACAUCAUCUUCUAAUAAUUGUUUAGUCUUAGGACUCCAUGUGUCAUCAAGAAAAGGUGAAAUGACAUAUGUGUUUGUAAAGUUUUAUCUUAAAAUGAUUAGAAAAUUUUUUUAAAGCUUUGGUAUUAAAAGAGGUGAAACAUCAGUUUCCUCACACAUUUUAUUCAUGUUGAAUACCUUUGCCAGUGGCGGUUACAUGAGUGAUCCUACUAUAUUCAAUCUGUGUAGUGUUUGAGGCUUGUUAAAACAUUGCUGUUCAUUGCAAAUCCAGCUUGAAUGUGUGGUUUAUCUGAACCGUUUGAUAAGAAGACUGGAGGUACCUGCCCCUUUUCUGAGCAGUAUGCCUCUUCUUUCAGAAUUAAAUGAAUGCUGCAAAGGUUGUGGUGUGUGUUGGUGUAUACUUGAAGUGUCUCUACUUUUGUGGGUGUCCCUCCAACCCCUUGAUCAUGGAGGGAAUGCUUAAGAAAUGUCUUUGUAUGUCUAUGUUUUAGAUUGUACUGGAUCCCAAUCAAUCCAUGUGUACAAAGUUAUAAUAUAUAAUUGUAGGCCAUUACCCAGUUAACCUCCUAGGCUUUCCAUCUAAGAAA